UUUACAUACUUUUAUGUACAAUUGUCGUUCGGGGUUCUUCUGGGUUCACACUUUGUUUUGAAGUUUCAUUAGGGUUUGUAAUGUUUCAUUAUGUUUCAUUUUGUUAUGUUUCUUUGUUUCGAUAUCUCGAACUUGUAUGUAUGUGAAGCUUCAUGUUAGUUUACUUCUUUGUGCUGGAUUAAUGCUGGGAUCAGUUCACUCCAGCUACUCGUCUUGUACAUAGCUCUGAUUACUGCUAAGUAAAGCCUUGAGAAGAGUUGAGUCUCUCUCUCCUUGGUAUACAACAAUUUACUUAGCAGUACAUCGCUGGAGAUGGAGAGGUUGCUACGUCCUGAAAGAUUUGAAGGCUCCCGUGACACCACUCCUGCACAGUGGACGCACUGGCUCCGCACCUUCACUAACUUUGUGGACUCCAUCACACCAGCGCCAGACAAACUGAAAUUACUGAUCAACUACAUCGCGCCUGAAGCUUACUCUCACAUAUCAGACUGUACUACAUACGCUGCAGCCAUCGAUAUUUUGAAGACUGUGUAUGUGAAGCCUACGAAUGUGGUUUUUGCUAGACAUCAGCUGGCUACUCGUAGUCAACGACCAGAUGAGUCCAUCAACGCCUUCGUCCACUCCCUGAAGAUCCUCUCCAAGGACUGUGAAUUCAAGCAAGUUACUGCUGACACUUAUACUGAAGAAGCAGUUCGCGAUGCCUUCAUCACCGGCCUUACCUCUCCUAACAUACGCCAACGCCUGCUAGAGAAGGAUUCGUUGACUCUUAGCGAAGCCAUACAACUCGCCAGAAGCCUCGACUCUGCCCAACGCAAUGCUGAAGAAUACUCGUCUCCUACUGUUCCAGGGAGUCUACCUACUGCUGCUCCCGUUAUCGCCACUACUGAUGCCGUCUCUGCUACGCCACUCAGCCCUACCUCGCAAACUUCUGCUGCUGCUGCUGCUGUUUCGAAGGUUGGAACGUGCUACUUCUGUGGAGGUAGGAGACACCUUCGGUCUCUUUGCCCUGCUCGUCAAUCUGAGUGUCGACAAUGUGGCAAGACGGGACACUUCGCCAAAGUCUGCAUGUCGCGAAAUGGUUGGAAAUCAAGAAGGAUCUCCUCUACUUCUGCUGCUGCGGCGCUGGCUUCGGAAUCACUCGCCCAACGCUGUGAUCACUGUGCUCAUAGUCCUGCAGAUGACUCUCCAGUACUGGCUUCUGUUAGUACUCCUCGAUGUUCCACCAUUCCUGAAAUCUUUUAACGGUCAUUCAUUACCAUCUUGGCUUACGUCGCCCGGACCAGUGUUGCUGCGGAAAUUCGUCCGCACCUCUAAAUCUGAUCCAUUAGUGGAAGAGGUCGACCUUGAGAGCGCGACACCUCAUUAUGCCCAUAUACGCUACCCGGACGGACGACAAUCUACGGUCUCCACUAAGGAUCUCGCUCCUACUCCAAGAGAUCCAAACCCAGUUCACGUGCCCUGUAGCAGGAGACCGCCGGAGUUACCAGUUCACGUACCAGU